AUGAAUUCAAAAAUAUUUCUCAAUACAAAGUUUCUCAUUCUACCAAAUUCAAAUACUACAUCAAUUGAGAUUCUCUCUGAAUUAAUUCGAAAAUUUGGUGGAGAAAUAAUUGAAGAUUUAGAGGACUUGGAUAAGAAUACUGUAAUUCUCAUUAAUGAUUCAUACAUAGGAGAUUCUGGAAGUUUGAUCCAGCAAGAUCUCUUUCGAAGAGAAUGCCAUGUGAAUUUCACAACUUUAGAAGAUUUUGUGCAUGCUAACGAAUUACAGAUAGUAAGAGUAAGUUGCGUAAGCCGAUGGAUUAAGCAGGGGGCAUUUCAAAUCCUGGGGGAGGACCUCGUCAGCAUAAUAUCUGACACUGGGGAAGAACACGGUAGCCAAACGUCAACUGAUAAUUCCAUAACUGAUAUCAUUAUUGAUGAAAAUGUUCCAGAUAGUGAAGCAGAAACAGAGGGAAAUAUUGAAUUAGAAUCAUUUGAGGAUGUAGAAAAUAGGAAUAGCAUGCAAUAUGAGCACAUAAAUGAGCCGCUAAUAGAAUCUUCAUAUAUAAACCUGGGUAAGAAUGAUGUUUUAAUUAAAGCUCUGAACUUAUUAGCAAAGAAAUACAGGCUUAAAGGUGAUCAAUUCAGGGCAAGAAGUUAUACUUUAGCUAAGGCCUCAAUUGAAAAAUGUCCCUACAAGAUUGAAUCAGGUGCACAAGCACAAAGAGAAUUAACUAAUAUUGGGUUAAGUAUAGCUAAGAAAAUAGACAUAAUAUUAAAAACCGGAAUAUUACCUGGUCUUGAAGAAGUGAACCUUGUUGAAAGGAAACUCGAUUAUUUUACGAACUGUCAUGCUGUUGGAUCCUACAAAGCCAAAAGAUGGGAGCUAUUUAAAUUGAGUUCAUUUUCUGAUGUUGUUACUAGGUUUCCUGAUGAUUUUAUUACUGACUGGACAAUGCUUUUCGGAUGGUCCUAUUAUGAAGACUGGUCUAAACGUAUCAGCCGAGAAGAAUGCGAGUGUCAUUUGAAGAUUGUAAAGGAUACGUUGAAAACAAUUGAUCCAUCUUGUCAUGUUGAACUACAAGGAAGUUAUGUUAGAGGUUCAGAGACAUGUGGAGAUAUUGAUUUGUUAUUUUACAAGCAAUAUUGUGAUGAUACCAAGGAAAUUGGAAUAAUAUUUGAAAAACUAGUGCGCCUGUUAUUUCGUAAAGGUUUCAUUCAAUGCUCGUUAAUGCUAACCUCCAAAUUGCAGGAGACUUUUAAAGAUAUUCUCAGAGAGAGGUUUCAAAAAUGUGGUUUAAAGUAUCCAUCGGGUAGUAGUCUUUUUGCAUCGGAUAUUAAUAAGAAGUAUUAUUUAGGUACAAAGCUACCUACUUCAGUAUAUAAGGCUAGGGAUGAACCCCCUCUAUUAAAAUUGAAAGAAUGUGACAAGUACAUGUCAUUGAGCUCUAGCAGGAAGAAUGAGAAUCCAUGUAGAAGGUUGGAUUUUUUCUGUUGCAAAUGGUCAGAAAUUGGUGCUGCAAGAAUGCAAUGGACUGGCUCCGGAGAAUUUAAUAGAUGGAUACGAUUACUGGCCGAUAAGCAUGGAUUAAAACUGAGCCAACACGGCUUAUUUACUAGAGAAGGCGAAUUACUAGAAAGUUAUGAUGAAAGGAAGAUUUUUCAACUGUUACAUGUUGACUAUGUCAAACCAGAACUGAGAAGUGAAGGUUUAUGGCAACAAGAUGAGACAAAAGGAAUGAUUAAAAAGUGA